GGCAGCCAGAGAAGCGCGGCCAGCGACAGCUGAUCGCUUGCGCUCAUCGGCCCAACCGCUCUGCGACACAACGGCGGAAACACUGGCUGCUGGUCGUCCCUCCGUCAGCGCUGGGCGCCCCCGGGGCCUGAGCGCUGCCGAGCCUCGCCGUGGCGGCUCGAGGCGGCAGCACAAGCACCAGCCCAGGCCGCAUCGCUGCCGGCGCCCGCUCCGCCUGGCGGCGCACGGCCACACUACUACGGCGCGGCCGCAACAAGGAACGCAGGCCACUGCGUUGACACACGGCCUGGCAUCGUACACCACUUGCCGGCAGCAAACACGUAGGCACGGAGGCCGCGAGAUGAAGUAAGCGGCACGGUUUCGCCACGCAGAAAAGACGGUGCCGUCGCACUUCCGGGCAAUUACCAGGAGCCAAACGACGGAAGGAAGCUACGCGCGGAGGCGACGCGUCGAGAUACAGCAGCGACGUGUACACAUUGCUCAACCGGAACACGCGUGCAGCAGCAAGUCAUCGCUGAGACUUCGCAAAGAGGCGGGAAGAAAGAAAGACGGAAGAACGUUGAUGCCGGGCCAUCAUCGAUACCCGAGAACCCGAGCUGUCCUCGUCUAUUGCCAAUUUCGGUUCUUUGUUAAAGCGCACGGCCGGCCACGUCCGUAGCACGUUGUCAGUGCACAAAGGACCGCGGACGCCCUCGGGGAAACGGGAGGAGACGGGAUCGCCUGCUCAAAAAAGUGCACACUGCUGACUUCCUCCCGGAGAGCAGACUCAUCCUCGAGUGCACAGUGGAAACUCCGAGAAAAGCGAAGCGGCUCGACCUCCAGUAUUACAAGCGUGAGUCGAGCGUCGUUUCAUUCCUCAUAGGAAUAGGAGCACAUAAAUUGUAUCUCAGGAGAAUUGCUCAAGUAUUCGCUUAGGCUCGCUAAAAUCAAAGCGAAAAGAGAGAGAGAGAGAGAGAAAGAGAGAGAGGGAAACGUGUGGUAGUCACGUAGAACAGACGAAUCGCCGAAGACGUCCGGGACGUAUGACGGGAAGAGGGCCGCCACAUCUGGAUUAGGUUUCCACUCUUCGGCUCCACUGCAAGGUAUGGGCGAGCAAAAGAGCACCAACGGCCGGGGCUCGGACCACCGGAUGGCGGCCAACGGCGCGGUCACCGUGGCGUCGACGCCCCAGACCACGACCACCACCGACGGCGGCCAGCACCUGUCGGCCGCGUCGGCGACCGCGCUCGCCCCGCCGCCCGACGGAGGCUGGGGCUGGAUGGUCGUCUUCUCGUCGUUCAUGAUCCACGUGAUCGCGGAUGGCGUCACGUACACGUUCGGCAUCUUCUACCUGGAGUUCCUCAAGCACUUCCAGGAGUCCAAGGGCAAGACGGCCUGGAUCGCCUCCAUCAUGGUCGGCACCACGUUCUGCAUCGGUCCCGUGGCGAGCGGCCUGACGACCAAGUACGGCUGCCGGGCGGUGACCAUCGCGGGCUCGCUUCUCGCGACCGUGGGACUCGUGGUCAGCGUGGUGGCGCCCAACGUGACUUACCUCUUCUUCACCAUCGGCCUCUGCACCGGCGCGGGCUUCGGCCUCAUGUACCUGCCGGCGAUCGUGUCGGUGACGACGUACUUCGAGAAGCGCCGCGCCUUCGCCACGGGCAUCGCGGUGUGCGGCUCGGGCUUCGGCACUUUCGCCCUGGCGCCCUUCAUCGAGUGGCUGGUGCACGUGUACGGCUGGCAGGGGGCGCUGCUGUGCACCGCCGGCAUGGUGCUCAACUGCUGCGUGUUCGGCGCCCUGCUGCGGCCGCUGCCGCAGCCCGCCGUGGCCGCGCAGGCGCCGCCCGCUGCGCACGGCACCUACGACAAGCCGGCCAUCAGGGAGAUCAACGGGAACGCUUACCACGACGUGGAAGGCGUGCCCCGUCGCAACGGUGGGCUCAGCUCGUGCUCGGCGUCCCGCGAGCUGUCCCUGUCGACGGGCACCAUCGCUGCCUUGCAGGCGGCCGACGGCGUCGAGCAGCAAUCGGACGGCCGCCGCAACCGGCGACCCCGUUCGGCGCUGUUCGCCCGCGCCGGCGGCGGAGGAGUCACCCUGCCCCUGCUCAAGCUGGAGGACGAGAAGACGUCCAUGUCGUGCGUGCACAUCGCCGGCUCGAGCCCGCCCAGCCCGACGGGCCCGUCGGCGCCCGCGCUGCACCCGCGGAGCCUGCUGGUGCGCAAGGACAUCUUCUACAGCGGCAGCAUGCAGAACCUGCCGCCGGAGUACCGCGCCUCCUCCUCCUUCUUGUCGCGCGACAUGUCGCUCAGCGUCACCUCGCUGCGCACCAUCAAGUCGGUCACGGUGCCCACCUCGGACGAGCGCAGCCGCAUACAGAGGUUCUUCUGCUCGAGCGAGAUGGAGGCGGCCCUGCACGAGAUGAUCAACUUCACGCUGCUCAAGUCUCCCGUGUUCCUGCUGUUCGCCACGUCCAACUUCUUCACCAGCGUGGGCUUCAACGUGCCCUACGUGUACACCAAGGACCGCGCGGUCGAGGACCUGCGCAUGCCGGAGGAGACCGGCAGCCUGCUGCUCUCCUGCAUCGGCCUGUCCAACACGCUGGGCCGCGUCGUCCUCGGCUACCUGAGCGACAAGUCGUGCGUGAACCGCCUCUGGCUGUACAACGUCAACCUGACGCUGUGCGGGCUCGCCACGGCCUUCAGCUACGCCGCGCAGAGCGCCGUCUCCAUGGCCGUCUAUUGCGUCAUCUUCGGUGCCACCUCGGGCGCCUUCGUGAGCCUCACGUCCGUGAUCCUGGUGGACAUCCUGGGCCUGGAGCGGCUGACCAACGCCUUCGGGUUGCUGCUUCUCUUCGAGGGCGUCGCCUGCCUCGUCGGACCGCCGGUCACCGGCUGGCUGUACGACUACACUGGCUCGUACGACCCGGGCUUCUUCCUGUCCGGCGCCAUGAUCGCGUUCGGAGGCGUCAUGCUGUUCCUCAUCCCUUGCACGCAACGCUGCGAGGGUCAGGAGGAGAAGCCGGUCGCAGGCACCACCACCACGACGACGACGACCACGACGACCAGCGGUACCGCCAAGUCCGGCAGCAGCUCGUUCCGGGAAGAGACCACCGACUCCAGCCUCGGCCAUACAGUCACCCUUUCCUCGUCGCUCAACGGUCACGGUCCGCACAACGUGUGAGCCGGCCACUCUUCACCCGCCCGCGUGAACCAGGGCGGGCGAACCGAGCGACGAGCUGAGCAGCAGCCAAGCCACGCCGCUACGCGCCCGUUUCGGUGUCCCCGCCGACUUACGGCCGGCUUGCAGCUACGAAGCAAGGGCCGCUUGGGACGACGGCCAGACCAAGGCCGUUGGCCGAGGGCGCUUGAAGCCCACUGUGUCGAGUUUGGCCGACUCCCAAGCGGCAUGGCGUGAGCGGGGUUUCUCCGAUCCCACGGCAAGACAUCGAGCCGGUGGCUCGGUAACACCCAACGUAGAAGCACGCCGUACUGUAGCGGGCGUGGCGACCAACCGACGGCCGUCUCUGCAAGCGGAAAAGGUUUCGUCAGAGAGAUCCGCGCACGAUGGGCACCGUCGUGCGCGGUUCACAACUGUUCUUUACCGCCUUUCCAGAAAUGCCUCGCCGCUCUUCCGACCAAUGCUGCCGAAACUCUGCUCUCACGAAGUACGGCACGUGCCAAGCAGAGAGCGCCUCCAGUCCCAGCCACAUCGUGCGCCGCGUUCCUUGUUGCGUGCACGACGCGCCUCGGGCGCGCUCGUCUCUUGGCCUCGAAACCACACUGGGUGAAAGGGUGACCGCGAAGGAGGGACGGGCCUGCCGAGCCGGCCACUCGUGGACGUCGAUGCCUUUGCCACGGCGAUCGCACCAUCCACACCGUAGCCGUUUCGCGUUGCAUCGCCGAUGCAGUGGCGAAGUGGAGGGCAGCCCACACUGCAAGUUCCUCGAACGGUGUAGCGUGAGCCCGUAGACGUCCAAUGCCGCACAGUGAACCAAUCGAGUGCUUUGCGACCCAGUGAUGUGUCUGUCCUCUUGGGUUACAGUGCCGUGCUUUGCAGUGCUCGUAGGCUGGAGCUCUACGGGCUGCUUCGAGUGAAGUGUUGACAGCUGAACAUUAACUGUCACAGUCACGACGGUGCCUUCGCCACGACUUUCCAUUCUGAAUUAUUUCUUCUUUUUUCACCUUUUUAUCAUUUCAGCAAGUGGCAGAACCGCAUACUUUGCACUUCGUCAGCCUCAAAGGGCUGAGUUUGCCAAAAGAAAAAAAAAUGUUGCCGGCUGUACAUUGCAUUUGCGACGAAGACGUCUCUUUCUGAGAAAUCGCAGCUUAUCUAAUUGUUAUUCGUUAAAUAUGUGUAUGAUUCGCGUACAAACCAUUACCGCGACGCGAAGCUAAUGGUUCGUGAAUUACUAGGUGGCUCUGUUGAAAGAGCUCGGAUGAAAGGAAUGGCAAGCUUUACACGUGAUAGCGCGCUGCUUGCACACGACGGUGUAUUGUAUGUGCAUGACUACGAAACCGGCUGUGUACGCCAAAAGCUGAGUAGCGCGUGCAAAGAGCUGCGGUACGUUGAGGCGUACUCAAAUGAUGUGCCAUUGGGGAAAGACGUACUGCUCAGUGCCUAUUUUGGUACGCAGUAUGUCGAGCGGAGAACUUGUCAAGGGGAAAGGGGUCGCACUCUCUUCUGGCAGUAUUGUGCAAUUACGCACCGAACGCACUCACCGUAGUUCGCCUGGUCGAGCGAUUCCGUGCGGAUACCGAGUGAAAAUAUGCGAGUUCGACUCUCCCUAUUUUUUCUACGCCUACAAUGUCCAACUCCCUUACUCAUCUUACUCAUCUUCCUUCUUCUCUAGCCUGCUCACGGCGCAUGCGUGGACGCCGAACCACGAGAUUCCGCAUAUAAGCAGCUACAAAGUGUGAUAACACUCGCCUGCGUACUACAUCUCCGCAUAAAAAAGGAGCCCUGAAGUGACCUUAUCGGAGCACACAUCACUCGCUGCCGCGCUCCGGUACGCGGUGAAGAAACUGCAUGCUUUUAUUGCCGAGUGAAAGUGUUUACCCCUCAACUCGCUGAUCUAUGGACUCGUAUAACCUGAAUUCAUUCUCUGUGUACUUGAUCGAGGCUGUUUUACUUGUUCGUUGUGGUGCGUCGUCAGUGUUCGUCGGACAGUCAGUCUUUCGCCAAGCAGGCGGAGCAGUGGACAGCCGUGCUGACUGCAACGUUUCUCUUGUAGGAAUUUCACGACAUUGUGCGCCUUUGCUCCAUGCUUCGUGCUGUUUUCAUGUUCUCUUCUUUUUCGCCUUCGUGAUGAAACGUGAUCUAAGCGACUGUGUUAUGUAAGUGGGGGAGGGCAGGGGUGAACUGGAAUGCUCGCUGCCUUACCUUUGCGCAGCUACGCGCCCGUUCUGUUUAGACUCCUUGUGCGUCUUCAUUAAAGCCCUAAACGGGAGAAGCGCUCGCUGGGA